CGGAAGCAGCAGGAGGAACUCAUUGAGAGAUAUGCCAUCAACAUCUACCUCAGCGACAGGAUCUCCUUGCACCGCCACAUCGAGGACAAGAGGAUGCCUGAGUGCAGGUCCAAGGCGUUCCACUACCGGCGGCUGCCCACCACCUCCGUGAUCAUCGCCUUCUACAACGAGGCCUGGUCCACGCUGCUCCGCACCAUCCACAGCGUGUUGGAGACCUCCCCCGCGGUCCUCCUGAAGGAGAUCAUCUUGGUGGAUGACCUGAGCGACCGCGUGUAUUUGAAGGCGCAGCUCGAAACGUACAUCAGCAACCUCGAGAGAGUCCGCCUGAUCCGCACCAACAAACGGGAGGGCUUGGUCCGGGCCCGCCUGAUCGGGGCCACGUUUGCCACGGGGGACGUGCUCACCUUCCUGGACUGCCACUGUGAGUGUAACUCGGGUUGGUUGGAACCCCUUUUGGAAAGGAUCGGCGAGGACGAAACGGCCGUGGUUUGUCCGGUGAUAGACACCAUUGAUUGGAAUACUUUCGAAUUCUAUAUGCAGACCGGGGAGCCCAUGAUUGGUGGGUUUGACUGGCGUCUGACGUUCCAGUGGCACUCUGUCCCCAAACAUGAACGGGACAGGUGGAAAUCGAGAAUCGAGCCCAUCAGGUCGCCCACCAUGGCCGGGGGACUGUUUGCUGUCAGCAAGAAGUAUUUUGAGUACCUUGGGACGUAUGACACUGGGAUGGAAGUGUGGGGAGGUGAAAACCUGGAGCUGUCUUUCAGGGUGUGGCAGUGCGGAGGGAAGCUGGAGAUCCACCCGUGUUCCCACGUGGGCCACGUGUUCCCUAAGCGGGCUCCCUAUGCGCGGCCCAAUUUCCUACAGAACACUGCUCGGGCGGCAGAAGUGUGGAUGGAUGAGUACAAGGAGCACUUCUACAAUCGAAACCCUCCGGCCAGGAAAGAAGCUUACGGAGAUAUUUCUGAAAGAAAGCUACUACGAGAACGGCUGAAGUGCAAGAGCUUUGACUGGUAUUUGAAAAACGUGUUUUCGAAUUUACACGUUCCAGAGGAUAGGCCAGGCUGGCACGGAGCUGUUCGCAGUAUGGGGAUCUCUUCUGAAUGUUUAGAUUAUAAUGCUCCUGACAACAACCCCACAGGUAAUGUUUUUGAGCAACGUUCAGUCCAGUUAUGAAGCUGGGAAAAAGAAGUGGUUUUAUGUGAGCUGAGCUCACGUGCUGCAGUGGUUUAUUUUUGGAUUGAGUGGAAAGUUGUUGUAUUCAUUUCAUUUUGACAAUUGUUGAACCAAUUUUUGUUUUUAUCUUUAAUCUUUCAAACUGUAAGUAAUCUUUUGGGGCAAGGAUGUAAAUAUUUCCCAAACUAAAUAAUUGGAGAAGUAAACAUACUUGAACAAAAGUA